AUGCCUGUAACAUGUAGAGAUCAGGGUCAGUUUCCUCCGCCGGACCACCCCAACUCUGACGCCCUCAAUGUGUUCAUGCACUUCUUCGUGGCCGAGGCUCAAGCUAAAGAGCUGGCUACCAGGAAGGAGGCUCACGCAUUCAAACAACGCCUCCAUUCUGAGCGCGACCGUGACCAGGACUACCGUCACCGCCCACAUGGGCGCGAUCGCAAGCUCGAAAGACAUCAUCAGCGUGAGGCCACUCACUUUGCUAGCCGCCGGGCGCUGUCUUCCCUUCAUCGAAUGUUGGACAACCGCCCUGUCCACAGACAUGACCUACCAAGGACGCAACCUCAUGAGGUUCCCCUUCCCCAGUCCCCUUCCAUGUCCAUCACGCCUCCUCCUUCUCUACCAUCCCCUGCUUCACCUUCCCCCCCUGCAGAACCUGCAGGUGAUCUUGGCGCGGAUAUCGACUCGCUCAUUGCCGAGUCCGAGCAGAUGGACUUAGAGGCCGAAGCUCGUCGUCGCGGUUUCACAACCGAGGAGCUUUUUGGUAGUGUCGUCCUCCUCGGAUUAGUGACUAUUGUUAACAUGUCCCUCCUCGUUCUCCUAGCAGCUAUGGGCACCAUGAACAUUGAGUCCGCUCCCACCUCUCAGGCUUAA